UCCAUGGCCAAGGUCGUACCGACAACAACGGAUCAACCUUCUCAUACGUAUAAUAGCAACGUCAUUGACAGCAGCGCCUUGUGGUUCCACUUCAUGUGAGAUAAUCGUGAUUUUGCUUUGAGCCCGACCCUGUUCCGGACCAUAAAAGGAGUCAAGCUAAUUUAACGCUUCGCCAAGUAGCAGCAGCAGCUGCUUAUAGAUGAUCGGCUCAUAUACAGUUAGGUUCGAUGUGACACACCAAUUUAGUUUAUGCAGUGCUUUGACUGCCCAAGAUACGGUCCAGAACGCUUUACGAAAGUUCAUCAAAAUUGCGUCCUCCAGGCAAACGGCACAACUCACAUCUUUUUGCAUGUGUGGUCCUUAUCCGCGACGAAGGCGUUAUUAUCAGAUACGUGAAUUCCAAAUGGCAUCAUCAGCCGAUGAGCUCGAGAGCGAAGAUCCCGACGAUGAGCUUGACCUAGAUGAUCCAGCGCCGGAGCCCAGCCCAGAUGACUUACCACAAAAGCUUUAUGACAUUAAUGACGUGGAUGAAGACAGCAAAGCCGCAAAUUUGGAGCAACUGUGCAUUAAGGAGGAAGAUGCCUGGUGGAAUCAGGUGCCAAUAACCAAUCUGGAUUUGAGCUCUAAUACUCUAUCACGUCUAUCACCAAAGAUUGAGAAUCUUAUGACUUUGACAGUGCUGAUUCUGCAUGACAAUGCGUUGGUUGAGUUGCCACCCCAGAUCGGCAAACUAGAGAAGCUCACGCGGCUGAAUCUUAGCCACAAUAAGCUAAGUCAAUUGCCGCGUGAGCUCUUCAGUUUGCCGGUCCUGAGGCAUCUCAAUAUUUCGUACAAUGAAUUUACUGAGCUAAAUCCGGAUGUAAGUGACCUGCAUAUGCUUGAAUGGCUGGAUGCUAGUCAUAACAAACUCCAAUCGUUGCCCGGUGGCAUUGGUUUCCUGGUGCGUCUAACAUCGCUUUUGUUGCCCUAUAACCAUAUUAAGGAAUUGCCACCGGAUCUUGUUAACAUGCGCGUUCUCCAAAAACUGGAUUUGAUGCAAAAUGAUAUAAUCAAAUUACCUGAUGACAUGGGCUUAAUACGGAAACUCGAAUGUCUAUAUAUCCAGCAUAAUGAUAUCAAAGAAUUACCCGAAUUCGAGGGCAAUGAAGCUCUAACUGAAGUGCAUGCCAGCAAUAAUUAUAUAACCAGCAUACCCAAAGGAUUGUGCACUAAUUUGCCACACCUGAAGAUUUUUGAUUUGCGUGAUAAUCAGAUAACGCAGCUGCCAGAUGAAGUGUGUCUACUACGGAAUCUUCAACGUCUGGAUGUGUCAAAUAAUUCUAUAAGCGUUUUGCCAGUCACUCUUUCUUCAUUGGCCCACUUGGUGAACCUCCAAGUCGAGGGUAAUCCCAUCAAGACAAUACGACGCGAUAUUAUACAAUGUGGCACAACGCGUAUAUUAAAGGUUCUGCAAGAUCGAGCCCAGGCCCAGCCCAAGGAAAAGGGCGGAGCCAAUGGUGGCAGUGGCAGUGGCGGUUCUCUAACAGAAACCAUGGAUGCCUUGCGUCUUGGUGGCGGUCAAACAAAUGAUGGCAUAAUGCCUGAGAAUUUUCCCGAUAGCUCCCAGCUCCAUCAGUGUCAGUGUCAGCAGUGUAUGCGGAAUAGUCGCUUUUGCGCCGCUUAUUCAAAUCCUCAAAUACAGGAACGACAAUAUGAGCCUGAGAAUUAUCAACAAGAGCAUUAUUACGGUCAUGCCGCUCAUUACCUCCAACAGCAACCUAUGUCUUAUCCAAAUCGUUUUAAUGGCUUUGCCUCCAUGUAUCAGCAGAACACAUAUUCUAAUAGCAGCAGCAACUCAUAUGCCGUACAUAAACGUUGGGUAUACAAGUUACGUCAUACGCAUACAUUAGCUGUAAAUUUGGAAGAACUAACUAAUGUACCGGAUCAGGUCUUUGAAAUAGCCAGAUCAGAGAAUGUAAAUGUAGUAGACUUUGCCCGCAACAAACUGGGAACUCUGCCAAAUGGUUUACAAUAUAUGCGUGAUCUGGUUAAGGAACUGGUAUUAUCCCAUAAUCUUAUAAGUUUUGUACCGCAAUUUAUAUCGCAGUUUACGCGUAUUACCUUUUUAAAUUUGUCCAACAAUUUGCUUAAAGAGUUACCAAAAGAGUUUGGAGUUUUGAAUACACUGCGUGAGCUAAAUAUUGCAAAUAAUCGUUUUGACUGUAUACCCAGCUGUUUAUAUGAGUUGCAGCGUCUGGAAAUUCUAGUGGCAAGUGAAAAUCAUAUCAAAGAAUUAAAUGUAUCCGGACUGAAAGCUAUGUCAUGUUUGGCCACAUUAGAUUUACGCAACAAUGAUAUUGAGUUUAUUCCACCAAUAUUGGGCAAUUUGACUAAUAUAACUCACCUGGAAUUAAUAGGCAAUCCAUUCCGUCAGCCCCGUCAUCAAAUUCUAAUAAAGGGCACUGAGUCUAUUAUGUCGUACCUAAGGGAUCGUAUACCAACUUAGAAAACGACAAAAUGUUUAGUUUACAUUGAUUUCUUUUACAAUUUCUACAUUCUCUGCACAAUUUUCAGACAUAUUUGGAUUUAUUUUGUGUUUAUUAUCUUUAAAUUCUUAUAGUAGCACUCAUUUCAAACAAUGUUGAGUUGCGCCCAGUACCUUAUACAUAAUACACUCUCCCAAACUACUAGUCAGCACGAUGCAUUCAAACUUACUAAUAAGUGUAACUAAACUGGCCAAAAAGCUUGCAAUAAAUUAAUGUACAUAGAAAACGAAA